CAUGAAGAGCAAUAGUGAUGCUCAGUCAUGGGAAAGGCAGGAGUGCUCUGCUGUCCUCUGCUGUUGGCUGAUGCUCAGAGAAGCGCUCGCGCAGCCUGUACUGCAGUUCCUACAAGACCGAAUCAAACGGAACGAACGGUAACCACGGCACAAAUGUGACUAUGGGGAAGCGCAGCGCUACGGAAUUGCGUAUUAUUAGGUCGGUAGUUGUAAGUCUAUAUUAAAAAAAAGUGAAAAGAAAGAAAGCUAUGAUGAAGAUGAUGAUGAUACGCCAGGAAUCGAGUGCGAGACCGUUGAUCGCUCUCAUCAGAUGCUGAUGAUGGUCGCGCGACCUGCGUGAUUUCCUCUCGCUGGAGCUUCUUGGUUCCUUUGCAUCACCUUAUCUAAGUCCCAGCCAACCUGACAGAAUGAUUGAAGAAGGAAGUAAAAGCAGCAAGUCCAUGGUGGAGAAGAGACAGCUCUUCAUGGAGAUGAGGGCACAAAACUUUGAUGUUAUUCGCCUCUCAACAUAUAGGACGGCGUGUAAGCUGCGAUUUGUUCAGAAACGAUGCAACCUUCACCUAGUGGACGUGUGGAACAUGAUCGAAGCUUUCCGUGACAAUGGGUUGAGCACAUUAGACCACAACGCAGAGAUUAAUGUGUCACGCCUGGAGACCAUUUUGUCCUCCAUCUUCUACCAGCUCAACAAGCGGUUGCCCACCACCCACCAGAUAAACGUGGAGCAGUCCAUCGGCCUGCUGCUGAACUUUAUUGUGGCCACUUAUGACAGCGAAGGCCAUGGGAAACUCACAGUGUUUGCUAUGAAGGCAAUGCUAGCUACAAUGUGUGGCGGUAAAAUACUGGACAAAUUACGUUAUAUAUUUUCCCAAAUAUCAGACUCCAAUGGGGUGAUGGUCUAUGCCAAAUUUGACCAGUUCCUGAGGGAAGUGCUGAAGCUCCCGACAGCAGUGUUCGAGGGGCCUUCGUUUGGCUACACCGAGCACUCUGUGAGAACAUGCUUCCCUCAGCAGAAGAAGAUCUUGCUGAAUACGUUUUUGGAUGUGUUGAUGGCAGAUCCACCCCCGCAGUACCUCGUAUGGCUACCUCUCAUGCACCGACUCGCUAAUGUAGAGAAUGUCUUCCAUCCAGUGGAAUGUUCGUACUGCCGGAGUGAGAGCAUGAUGGGUUUCCGGUACCGCUGCCAGCAGUGCCAUGGCUACCAGCUUUGUCAGAGCUGCUUCUGGCGCGGUCAUGCCAGCGGUCCCCAUAGCAACCAGCACCAGAUGAAGGAGCAUUCCUCAUGGAAGUCUCCAGCAAAGAAGCUCAGCCAUGCCAUCAGUAAAUCUCUGGGCUGCAUGCCGAUCGGAGAGCCUCCUCAUCCCGUGUUCCCAGAGGCAGCGGAAAGACCUCAGGACCUCGCACACACCACUCAGCUGAGGCCAGUGGCCAACAACAUGAACGAUACCGUUUUCAUUUCUUCCGGGACGCCCACGCCUUCAAAAAGUAGCACCCUUGAGAGUCCCAGCAGACUGGAUGAAGAACAUCGUCUUAUCGCUCGAUAUGCUGCUCGUCUGGCGGCGGAGGCCAGCAACUCCACUCAAUGCCCUCCAACUGAUCUGAGUUUCAAUUUUGAUGCUAAUAAGCAGCAGAGGCAGCUCAUCGCAGAAUUAGAGAACAAAAACAGGGAGAUCCUGCAAGAAAUCCAGCGCCUACGUCUAGAACAUGAACAGGCUUCUCAACCCACCCCUGAGAAAGCCCAGCAGAACCCCACUCUACUGGCAGAGCUACGACUGCUACGGCACAGAAAAGACGAGUUGGAGAGGCGCAUGUCGGCCCUGCAGGAGAGCAGGAGAGAACUCAUGGUCCAGCUGGAAGGUCUCAUGAGGCUGCUGAAGGAUGAAGAGCAGAAACAGGCAUCUCAGACGGGGAGUUCGCCCCACUCAUCACCCAGCCACAGUGCCAGUUGCACCAUGCCUAUGCCCAUCCGCUCCACCUCGGCCGGCUCAACCCCCACACACACACCGCAGGACUGCCUGGCAGGGGUCGGAGAUGACGUGCUGGAUGCCUUCUCUCAGGGUGUACCAAGAAAUCUCCGUAAUGAUCUUUUGGUGGCAGCAGACUCGAUCACAAACACUAUGUCGUCACUAGUGAAAGAACUUCACUCAGUGGAUGACGGUCUGGAGGAUGAAGAGGAGAACAUGCGAAAUGGAAGGGAGAAGGCUGAGUCAGAGUAAAAGAAUAUAGAAUAUUUCAUUGUCAUCGCUGAAGCAUUCUGGGAAAAGGCAAUCCACCCCUUCAUUCUAAGCCCCAGGAAAGAACCAACGACAUCAAAUCUUCCCUGGCAUUCGCACAAAUGCAUGCUCUUCCCCAACUGGGUUUCACUAUGUGAAACAAACUCUUCAUCACAUCUUGCACAGAGCAAGUUGUAUUUAUUAGGAAGUAUAUAAAUAUAUAUAUAUAAAUAUAAAUAUAGCUCUAUGUCUAUCUGUAUAAACCCUUUGUUAUCAUGUUACCCAUGAGAAUGGCUUGUUUGUGCUUUCUUAAAAAACCUUUAUGAAUUUGUGAUUAUUACUCUCUGAAACGAACGCACUGUGCAUCUUCAUGACGUCACUCAAAUCGAUCUAAGCUGUAGCUUUUUUUCCAGAUGUUCCUCACAGGAAGCUUUUUUGUAUAACUAGUGAUGAUUUUUGUGUUUUAUUGCAUGGAGUGGCUCUGCUGGAUUGGUGGAGAGGGCUCGUAUUUGCUCUGCAUGUGACAUUUAUGCCUGCUCCGUCGCUCCUGAUCAUCAGACUGCUGCUUCUGCAUCAUACGCAUUAGAACCACCAUAUAUCAGGGACGUCUCGUAGAGCUCGCCGUUUGUCUGGGAUAUCUGCUACUGUGUUAAGUUUAGCCCGUCGUUAUGGCUGUUGUUUUAGCACUUCAGUAUUGCCUCUUAGUUUAGAGUAUCGCAUUUGUGUCUCUCCGUAUUCCUGGAGAGCAUAAAGGGACUUUAAUGGAAUGCGGAUAGAUUCCGUAUAUCCAUAAACCAGCUUAGCCAGCCAUCUUUGAGUGCACACGUCUCUCUGUAAAAGUUACUUCAAAAGCUUUAUUGAGUUCAGUUGUUGUGUAUAUUUGUGUGAAAUACAUGAAUCAAGUGCUCAGGGACUGUUGAGAGAGGAACACGGUAGCAAUGCUUGUGAACAAAUUGGUGGAAUUUACUUUGACCCCCCGAAGGUCAAAUGUCAAAGAUUAGCACAGGUCAUAAAAACUUUAUGGAAUGGCUGAGGAGGAACGGUAUUGUAUGGAAACCCAUUUCUGCCACACAAGACAAAAAUGCUUUGCUAAAUCAUAAUUAUGAGAUAAAAAGUCAAAAUUAUGAGAUACUAAGUCAUAAUUAUAACAUAAAAACAAAAUUAUGAUAUAAGAGUCAAAAGUUUGACAUAAAAGCCGAAAUUAUGACAUAAGUCGAAAUUAUGAGAUAAUUUCCUAAUUGUGAGAUAAGAGGUCGAAAUAAUGAGAUAAAUUUAAAAAAAAUCAUAAUUAUAACAAAAACAAAAUUAUGAUAAAAGAGUCAAAAGUUUGACAUAAAAGCCGAAAUUAUGACAUAAGUCGAAAUUAUGAGAUAAUUUCCUAAUUGUGGGAUAAGAGGUCAAAAUAAUGAGAUAAAUUAAAAAAAAUCAUAAUUAUAACAAAAACAAAAUUAUGAUAAAAGAGUCAAAAGUUUGACAUAAAAGCUGUAAUUAUGACAUAAAGACGAAAGUAUGAGAUAAAAAGUCAUAAUUACACAAUUUAAAAAAAUCAGAAUUAUGACAAAAACAAAAUUAUGAUAAGAGUCACAAGCUUGACAAUAAAUCUGAAAUUGACAUAAGUCAUAAUUAUAAGAUAAAAAGUCAAAAUUGAGGUAGUCCUAAUUAUGACAAAAAGUUGAAAUUAUGAGAUAAAAAGUCAUAAUUACGCAAUUAAAUUCAGAAUAAUAACAAAAACACAAUUAUGACAUAAAAGUCAAAAUCUUGACAUAAAAGCCAAAAUUAUGACCCGUCAUAAUUAUAAGAUACAAAUUCAAAUUUGAGAUAGUCCUAAUAAUGACAAAAAGUCGAAAUUAUGAGAUAAAAACUCAUAAUUACGCAAUUAAAAAAGUCAUGAUUGUAACAUAAAAACAAGAUUAUGAUAUAAAAUAGGCAAAAGUUUGACAUAAAAGCCAAAAUUGUGACAAAGUCAUAGUUAUAAGAUAAAAAGUAAAAAUUAUGACAGUCAAAAUUCCAAAAAGUAAUAAUUAUAGUCACAAUUAUGAGAUAAUUGAAACUAUAACAUAUGUACGACAUAAAACGUCCUAAUUAUGACAUGUAAAAAUUGACAUUUAUAAUAUAAUUUAUAAAUUUACAAAAUAAAAGUCAAAAUUAUGACUUUUUUGUCAUAAUUGAUAAAAAGUCAAUUAUUAUAUAGAAAGUCAUGAUUUGUAUGUCAUGAUUUGGACUUUUUAUCUAAUAUUUAUGAUUUGGUAUGCCAUAAUUUCCACAUUUUAUGUCAUAAUUAUGAUUUACCAAAGUAGGAUUUCCAUAGUGUUGCACUUCGGACGUGGAAACGCAGCGAUAAGAGGACAUGCGUAGAGUCUAAAGCUUUAUUGUCGUGAGGAAGACAGUUUGACUUACUGUACUUGAAUCGGAAGGAAUUCAGGUUCAAUAAUUACAUUUAUCUAAUUAUUAUACGUAUGUGAUUUUAUUAUACUCGUGAUUUGUUCUUUGUUAGGUUGGUUUCAAAUAAGAAAUAAUAAUUACCAUUAUUUAAAAAAAAACAAACAUUUUGUUUAUGACUGCUAACAUUUGAAUGUUAAAUUAGAUAAAUCCAUGGAGCAACAGUUUGAAGUGAGUUUUGGUGUAGAAUAUUAAGAUUCUUUGACAUUUAUGAGGGUCAGUAGGUGUAAUGAUUCAUUCACUGUUUAAUACUUUUUUAAAAUGCUUGUAAUUCUGCAUAAGGAGGUCUUUUGAAUGGCUACAAUAUGAACAGUGAGGUCUCAUGCAAUGUUUUACACUGGAAAACAAAGUGUCGCUUCUGUUAUAGUGGGUGAAAUCUUAUAUAUUUGCUUUUCAAAUCAAUUUUUACAUGACCAUAAUGCUUGUUCUGUGUUUCAAUGAAAGGAAUAUAAAAUGUAGUUGGGAAUUUACUGUCAUUGUUUUAAAUUUACAAGAAACAAUACAGCUUCGUACGAAAUACUCACAGAUGGCAAGUUUGAAAGUUCGGUUAUGUUCCAACAUUUGCUACAAAUAUGAAUGCAAUCUUCUGAUGUAGGUGUGUGCCUAGAUGUACUGUAUAAAGUGCUGUAUAAAAUAAAAAUCUGCACAUGUGCAAGUCAGCCCUUAGAUAGGAGUUUUAGUAUGUGACUUAGUCGGAAUGCAGUCUUUAUUUACCUGUGAUCUUUGGGGAAAAAAAAUAUUGUUCUGCCUUUAAAAGUUGUGCCAAACUGUUUGCCAACCUGUAGUGUGUCCUUUAGGUCUUUGUUCUGUGUAUUUGUGUGUGUUAAACCACAAUUUAUUGAUUAUGAAUUUACUGAAGCAGUCCACAGAGAGGGUAACUAAUAACGGGGUGCCUUAAAUGGUUGAAAUACAAUACAGUUUAAGAGGAAGGAACCCUGCUUGAAAUCAAUUUCAAGCAUCAUUGCGGAUUUAUACGUUACAGAUGGGCCUCCAAAAGAGGACCUCCUAUGUUAUCAAAGUUGGAUGAAACAAUAUUUCAAAAACUAAAUCUGCACCGUCAGGUUUUAUUUUCUUCAGCAACUCGUGAUUUUAUUGUUUUUAAAACCAAAACUGUCAGUUGAAGCUACAAACACUGUUUAAUUAAUUCAUCUGAGGGUUUUGCUGCUGUAUACAAUCAUUUAUUGCAAUGGUUUACGUCCAUAUUUAUGUUUACGUCACCCCAAUGUCUUUUUGUAAACUAUUAAAGGGUAAAAUAUAUGAACAAACUUCAAAUGAUAAUGAAUGUGUGUGUGUGUGUGUCUACAGAAAAAUAUUGAGAGUUAUUCGGUAUAUCAGCUCCAUUAGGAUUGAGUUCAGACCUGUUGUCAAAGGGACCACACAUACAAAUUGAAUGUGAAUUUAAGCAGCGGUCCUGAUUGAAUUACAAAAUUAGCGUAUGAGUUAUUUAUGUUGCGAACAACCAUGAAAAUUGUACCUUUCCCGACUUCUUACUCUCAUGUCAUUCCAUGUCCAUAUGACUUUCUUUUUUCAGUGCAGCACAAAAGUAAAAAUGAGGCAGAAUACCUUCUAUUGUAUGCAAAAAAGGUGCAAUUAAAGCAGUUUUCUGUGA